AUGUCGAAACUUUUCAAGAUUGGAGUUCAAGCUAUUAAAGAAAAGACAGGCAUGGCAAAUGAAGAAGUUGAUCCCAAGUAUGAAGAUGCACGACAAAGAUUUGAAAUAAUUCACGAAAAAGUUACAUCAUUAUUUGAAGAUAUGCUUUUGUUGAUCCGCGGUAUCCAGCCUCUUGCAAUUACCGGCAAAGAAUUUUCAGACGCUGCCACAACGAAUGCUAUUGCUUGCCAAAAUUCUCAAUCAAAACCUGCAAAACAGCUCGCAAAGAUGUUUGGUGAUUUAAUGGAGUGCAUUAACAGUGAUUUCAUUAAAGACGAGUCUAAAUAUAUUCAACAGCAUAUUCAUGAAAUCAAAGUUAAAUUAGAAAGCAUUGAAAGCAUUAAAGAUAAGCGAAGAAAGGCUUACUUACUUUACAGUUCAACAAAAAGUAACUUAGAAUCAGUUCAUCAAAAAGGAACUGAUGUUAAAAUUCAAAAAGCUGAAAAAGAAUACUUAGACGCAAAGAAUGAAAUGGAAACAUAUACUCAGAUGUACAUAACGCAAGUUGAUGAAAUUUGGGAGCACCAAUACGAAAUUAUUGAACAACCACUAAAUAAUUUAUUCCGUUUGGCAUAUGUCUUGCUUAUGAACUACAUGAACAAAUUUUAA